GUUGCCGCCACGAAAGACGGUGUUAACGUCGAUAGUCACCAUUCGAAUCGUAGAGUAAGCCGAAUGUCAGUCGAUAUCUUCAAACUCGACGGCCAGGAUGGGAAGGCUCUCCCAAUUCACGUGCCACAGAUUCCAGAGUAGCGGAUUGGUUUUUAAUGAGCAAUCCUUUCCCAUUGCUAGGAAUUAUAUGUCUUUAUCUACUAUUCGUUCUUCGACUUGGACCUUUUUGCAUGAAAAAUCGAAAACCAUUCAAUUUAAAUAAACUUAUGAUUUGUUAUAACAUUUCUAUGGCAACCGCGAGCGGAACUGUAUUUUACGGGAUGGCUCGAUGGGUGUGGAGGCUGUUAAUGUUGAAAAUCCUGGAGUUGAGCGACACCGUCAUCUUCAUUCUGAGGAAAAAAUACAACCAAGCGUCUUUUCUCCACAUUUAUCAUCACACGUCCACCGCUCUUCUUUCGUGGAUCGCGUGCAAAUUUGUUCCAGGCGGCAUGUGGACGUUCACGAUUAUGCCAAACUGCAUCGUACACGUGAUUAUGUACACCUAUUAUCUGCUCGCCUGCUUGGGCCCAGAAGUACAAAAGAGGAUCGCGCCUUGGAAACAAUACAUUACCGGGUUACAAAUGUUCCAGUUUAUAAUCAUGAUAUGUCACACAUUCCAAACUCUGUUGCCUACUUGCGAACCAAAUCGGAAACCAAUAGCUUAUAUCUACAUGUCGCAGAUUCUUAUCAUGUUUUACAUGUUUUGCGACUACUACAAGAAAUCGUAUCUCAGAAAAAAGGCGGAGUAA